AUGUUCCAGGGUUUGCUUUCUCCUGGUUUCAUGCCCUUUGAGUCUCUUGUUCCGACGUUUCAAUGCUGGGGAUUUAAAGGGCAAUUGUACGAUGGCUAUGACGAGGAGUAUGGCUGCCCCAUCCUAGAUGAGGACAGGGUUGUGGACGAGUUAGAGCCUCAGAUGACAGAGGGCGGCGUGAUCGUUGAUUACCACGGUUGUGAUUUCUUUCCUGAACGCUGGUUCCAUAUAGUGUUCGUGUUGAGGACAGACAAUGGUAUAUUGUACAAACGACUUGAAACAAGGGGUUAUCACGAGAAGAAACUACAAGAUAAUAUUCAGUGUGAGAUUUUCCAAGUUCUCUAUGAAGAAGCCAUGGCAUCUUACAAAGAAGAAAUUGUGCAUCAGCUGCCCAGUAACGAGCCAGAACAGCUAGAGGACAAUAUCAACCAAAUCUCAAAGUGGAUCGAGCAGUGGGUGAAGGCCACAACCCUUUAG